GCCUGUAUACAGUCAAAGCUUGCGUCUCUAUGGUGACUUCUGCACUCUAUGAAAGCUUCUGACUUCUGUGUUUAGAUCAAAACCCAGAAGAGAAAAGGGAAAAAAGAGUGGUUACUUGGCAAUGAGAAGUGAACAGGUUACGAAGGAUUUGAUCAACUCUGAUAUGCAAGAGCUUGCUGUGGCUGCUAAGAAGUUGGUUAAUCAUGGCAUCAAGCUCGGAUUAAUGGGAUUUGGAACCUCUAUUCUUGAAUGGAUUGCUUCUUUUGCUGCAAUUUACCUGUUGGUCUUGGACCGAACGCAUUGGCGAACUAACAUUCUUACAGGAUUACUGAUCCCUUAUAUCUUCUUUAGUCUUCCUUCACUAAUUUUCAACAUAUUCAGGGGAGAAAUAGGAAGAUGGAUUGCAUUCAUUGCUGUUGUGCUUCGCCUUUUCUUCCCUAGUCGUUUUCCAGAUUGGCUGGAAAUGCCAGGUGCUUUGAUUCUUCUGCUAGUGGUGGCUCCCAGUUUAUUUGCAAGCACCUUAAGGGGCAGCUGGAUUGGUGUGGCGAUAUGUCUUGUCAUCGCUUGUUAUUUGCUGCAAGAACACAUCCGAGCAUCUGGUGGGUUCAGAAAUUCCUUCACAAGAGCCAAUGGCAUAUCAAACUCGGUUGGCAUUAUCAUUUUAUUGGUCUAUCCAGCAUGGGCAUUGAUAACUGACUUUAUAUAGACACUCUCUCAACCACCUCUGCAUUGUUUUGAAGUCUGCAAAUGUCAUGAAUUGCCUUCUUUUACCAUUAUUUUUGUUAUGUUUACAAAUUCAUUGUCAUUGCUAUGUUCUGUAAAAAUGUGGAAAGGGAACCUUGUUUGAAACUUUCAAUCAUUCAUGUAUUAUAAGUACUUCUGGGUUCUGGUUUUGUAUUUA